AUGGCAGUACUAGGCCUUGUACCUGCACUCAUUCUCAUCGUUGGGCUCGGCAUCGUUGCGACCUACACAGGCUAUGUUAUCGGGCAGUUCAAACUCCGAUACCCGCAGGUGCAUAGUAUGGGAGAUGCUGGAGAGAUUCUCUUUCGUCCCUUAGGGCUACCUCGCUUUGGCAGGGAGUUUAUGGGGACGGCUCAGUUGCUCUUUCUUAUUUUCGUCAUGGGCAGUCAUCUUUUGACAUUUACCGUUAUGAUGGAUACAUUAACGGAGCAUGGAACAUGUUCGAUUGUCUUUGGGAUCGUUGGGCUGAUCGUCUCGUUUGUUUUUGCCUUACCCCGGACGCUUCGCAAGGUUUCAUGGCUUUCGAUCGCUUCUUUCAUAAGUAUCAUUGCCGCGCUACUGAUCACGAUGAUUGCCAUUGCGAUUCAGCGCCCCGGUGAUGGGAAGAUCGACGCGACUACAACAGUCAGUGUUUCAAAGGGGUUCCUCGCCGUCACAAAUAUUGUCUUUGCUUAUGCCGGCCAUGUGGCUUUCUUCGGCUUCAUUUCGGAGAUGGAGAUUCCGACAGACUAUGCCAAGACCCUAUACAUGCUCCAACUAACCGAUACAAGCAUGUAUGUGGUGGCUGCGGUGGUCAUCUAUAUCUAUGGUGGAAAAGAUGUGAAGUCGCCUGCGCUGAGUUCGACCAGUCCGGUGACGGCAAAGCUUGCGUAUGGAAUCGCUAUUCCUACGAUCGUCAUCUCUGGUGUCAUCAACGGGCAUGUUGCGGCAAAGUAUGUCUAUGUGCGCGUGUUUCGAGGCACACACCACAUGCACACGAACUCAUUCCUAUCGAUCGGGACCUGGGUUGGGAUUACUCUUGUGCUUUGGGUCAUCGCCUGGAUCAUCUCCGAGGCAAUUCCUGUCUUCAAUACGCUGCUGAGCUUGAUCACUUCCCUUUUUGCCAGUUGGUUUACUUAUGGGCUGAGUGGCAUCUUCUGGCUAUUCCUGAACCGAGGUCAGUACAGUGCUUCAUGGAAGAAGAUGGUCCUAACUGGUAUCAACUUGGUGAUUGUCGCCAUCGGUGGUUGCUUGUGUGGAAUGGGAUUGUGGGUUUCUGGGAAAGCAAUGCACGACGACACCAGUGGGGCUAGUUUUUCGUGCGAUGCUCGAAGUGGCUAA